GACUCUUUGCCAGAGACGGCUACCACAGCCGCCGAUUCACCUGCACUCCGAAAGGAGGGACGGACAUCCAGCAGCCGGCCAGCCCCCGAGCUGGACGUUGUGGCGGAGCUAAAGUUGAAGGAGACAGAACAGGAGAAGGUUUUUAAACCUUGCUCUGGAGAAAACAGCUGAAAUGAAAGUCCAAUAACACACCUAAAGAGCUUUUCCACUUCUGCAACCUGUCUCUUAACACAUCUGAGACAGGGCACUUUCGCCGAGGCACGACGUUUAACAGCACUCCGUUCACAACUCUUCAACUUAUCCCUGGAGGAAUUUUGGUAGUUCACCGCAGCAACUGACCACAAUGUACCGCUCAACCAAAGGAGCAUCCAAGGCUCGACGGGACCAGAUCAACGCCGAGAUCCGGAACCUGAAAGACUUGUUGCCGAUAUCUGAUGCAGAUAAAGCACGGCUCUCAUACCUGCACAUCAUGUCACUUGCCUGCAUGUACACCAGGAAAUCCGUCUUUUUCACUCAAGAAGCGGGAACUAGUGCUAGUCCUGAUGAAAGCGCAAGGUUCCUGUCUUUUCACGAGCUGUCAGAGUUGAUGCAAGCGCUGCCGGGCUUUUUGAUGCUCCUGACUGGAGAGGGAAAGCUCCUGUAUCUGUCAGACAGCGUCUCCGAGCACCUCGGACACUCCAUGGUGGACCUGGUAUCGCAAGGCGACAGUGUUUAUGAUAUAAUCGAUGCAUCAGACCACUUUAUCGUGAGGACCAACCUGUCAACCUCUACAUCACUUGAAAUGGACCGUCUCUUCCGCUGUCGUUUCAACACCUCCAAGUCCGUGCGGAGGCAGAGCGCUGGAAACAAACUGGUUCUGAUCCGAGCUCGCUGCCUCUGUCCCCCCUCCACCACUCCCGCCACCGGGUCGUACUGGACCUCCAACCCAGUGUGGGUGUGUUUCUGCUCUCCUCUGGAGCCCCAGCCGACCCGUUCCAGCCCUGGGGUAGAGAGGGAGUCGACCUCUAUCCCUUCCCUGACUGAGACCAACAUGUUCCUGGCCUGCUUCCACUCCCAGCAUGGCCGCGACUUGAGGUUACAGACAGCACAAGACAGUGUGAGCGCCUAUCUCGGCUUUGAUGUGACAGCUUUACGCUCUCGCUCCUGGUACAGCCUCCUCCACCCACAGGAUCUGUCACAUGCCUCUGCUCAGCACCGUAGCCUGUUAAGAGAAGGAGGGGAGGGCAGAGCUGAAAUGGUGGUGCGUGUACAGGCUCAGGACAAUUCGUGGGUUUGGCUCUACAUGGUACUUCAACUGCAGCCAGGAGAAAUCCCCAUUAGCAGCAACAACUACAUAAUCAGUGACUCUGAAGCCUGGUCUGUGCGUCAGCAGCUCAGUUCAGAGCAGACCCAGCUGACCCUGGUCCUGGGUGCUGGUGCCUCUCAGCAGGAGAGUCUGAGUCUACAGUCUCCAGAGACCCUUUCCAGCCCAGACCAAGUGUUCACACCAGGCAGCAGUGGUCUGUCUGCCCAGUCCUUUGACUUCAGCACUGCUGGCUGCAGCGUUGGCUCUUCUGACGAACCAGGGAGCUCUGUUACUGAAGCCAUGCAGCUUGAGGGUGACCCUCGAUCCAGUAUCUCUUCUCUGGAAGAGGAGAGCUUCUUUCAGCAACAUUCUACCGAAACCCCCUCAGCUGCCUCCUCCCCCACUCCAGUCACUGUUGAAACAGUAGCAGACUUAGACUUUUUAACCCAGAACAUUCUCCUGCCACCCUCCUUCCAGCUAGAUCCUCCACUGCCAGCUCUCCCUCUGCCUCUUCCACCUGUCCCCACCUCUCAAGCUCAGCAGACCAAAGAGUUUGUGUGCACUCCCCCCUACACCCCGCAGGUUUGUGGGGCCAGCUUCCCAUUCAGUGAACCCCUUUUCAGCUUUGACCCAACAGGCACUACCACUCCUCCACCCUCUGCUACAUCUGCCACCACCACUACAUCUUUGGCCCCCUCAGAAUCCUCCACAGCCCCUCCAACUACAGCCUCCAGCCCCGCUCCUCCCACUACUUUAGCCACCAAACUCCCUCUUGCACUGCCUACCCCUUCUACUGACCUUCUCUUCCCUGUUGAGCCCUGCAGUGGAUCUCUGUAUGAGAAACUGCCCCCUACACCUGACAGCCCCGGAGAUGGGGACUGCACAGUGAUGACCCUACCUGAGGUACGGGGUCCACUGUAUGUAGAUGUGCCACUGGGGCCCCUCCAGUGUCCCCCUGAAGGCCUCCUCACCCCUGAGGCAUCACCUGGAAAACAGCCUUGCCUCUCCUUCUUUUCUCUUGAGAGGGAGAAGGAGAGGGCAGAAAUUUCCCUCUUAGCACAACACAUCAGCUCAUUGGCUGAGGGAUUCUACCUGGAUCCACUGUUGUCCAAGCUUUCUCCUCCCUCGUUAUCCCCCACAUCCUCCCCUCCCUCCCCCUUCUUGUCUCCAGUCAUAGAACCUACUGAUUCAGUCCACAUGCUUAGGGAGUUUUAUCCCAUCAAAGCAUGGAGAGAUCUGGACAUCCCCAUCUUUCUUGAUGAUGAUGAUUCUCUGUUUGAAGAGAGCAUCCUGGAAACCCUUCUGCAAGAGGACUUUGCUCCUCUCCAGACACCCGGGCUUUUCUCCCCUCCAACCUCCCCUGUGCCCAAUCCCUCCAGCCCAACUUCUUCUCAAACCCCAGUGUGCUGGCACCAACUCUCCCAGUUUGAGGGAGUGGGCCACAUCUGUAGCGUCCAAUCGGCGCAAUGUAACUCCAUGGCUGGAUGCGGGGCGAAUGUGGCUGCUGAGGCCGGGGUAAAAGUGGAAGGGGAGGGGCUAGUGGAGGAAGCAAUGGAGAUCGAGGUGGUGUCAUCUCCUGUGCCCUCUUGCUCCUCCAUCCCAGCUUCCCCUCCCCUCAUCCUCACUGCCUCCCCGAGCCCUGCCACCUCCAUGCCCAUCACUUCGCCCACGCCCGCCGUGUCUUGCACUCAGUCCCUCCUGGAGGAACUGGCCGUCCUGGAACCCAUGUUUGGGGCAGGUGCCUCGAUCGCCCCUGGCUUAGGGCAACAACCUGAGUUGUAUCAACUCCAAUGUCAUCCAUCGCCACAGUGCUUCCACAAAGAUGGGAGUGGAAGUGUUCCUCCGUUCUAAAAUAAGUCUGUGACUUACUUCAUUAAGUAUGGCAUAUUGUCAUAUUUUGUGGAGACCCUUUUACUGAAAAGUAAAAAAUAAUUAAGUGUAUAAAUAUACAUAAUGUAUAUAUAACUUAAGGACUUUAACUCCUACAUGUGUCCUGAGAACAAAGAUUGGCUUUAUAUUUUUGUUCAGUCAUUUAUCUGUGUACUACUAGAAAAACUGGUGCAACAUUUACACUAUGGUCAACUACAUGGACGCAAAACUGACUGGGUUCUGAGUCCAUGUGGUGUCUCAGCUUCUCUGUUACAUGAGCUUCAGAUGCGAUCAGACAGAGAAACAUCUCUGAACUUGUAAGCGCAGUCCAACCUCCAGACGCGCGUAUGUAUUCACUUGUAGUGAAAUAUAUCUGUUGUGAACAAAAACAAUGAUACAUUUCUUGCUAUUUCAGUCAGGAGAUGAAUUAUAGCACUUUUGCCUGACAAGCAGCAACGCAAACCCAAACCUCAAAUGUAUUGGAAUCAAAUGUUUACAAUUGUUUACAACCUUAGGGUGAUUACAAUCAGUACAUUAAACAAAAAAAAAAAGGGAAGAUCUUUUGUAUGUAAUCUUCUUUUCAGUCACCAGAGAGUACAGCUCUGGUUUGAAAACAUUCCUCACAGCCUUUAGGGCUACACCAAAACUCACUACCAGUAUUGAACUAAACUUAAGAUACUUUGAGCUUUGUGUUUGCGACUUCAAACCUUUAACAUUUCAUAUUUAUCUCUCCAUCUAAAAUCUUGUGUAUCAAUGUGAUGUGCAAACAAAAAAGAAAACUUGUGAAGAGAUCCUGACACCAGAAUGAUGAAGGUGUCCACUGCUUUUACGGGAUGCAGCAUCAAACAAGAGGUUGUCUGGAAGUUUGCCGAGGCUCUGAUCAUGCCACAAAUCCACUGCUACGUUGUACUGUACAAUAAGACUCUGAAUGUAGGCUCAUCGGGCCGCCCCCCCCUCCCUUGGUGGGGAGGGCAGACAGCUGGAUAUUCUUGCAGCAUCAAUAUUUGAAAUGCUGGCAGCUUAUAGCGGCUCCUGUGUGCCUGAAAUGGCCCUGACCUGCUGAACUCUGAACUCUUUAUCAUGUCCAUUCAACAUGGACAGUUACAUCGUUGCUCCACUGGAGCGCGGUGUAGUGAGGCACAAUUGACUAUGUGAAUGAGCGAUUCUUCUUUUUUGAGAGGGGUUAGAAUACAAAGGUUUUGUUUUAAAAAAUGAAAACAGGGAUGGGGUGCUAUUUCUAUUCAGUUACCAAACGACACGGGUUGAGAAUGGUAUAAUUCCCAUGGUGUCGACAUGCUCACGUAGAGUUGUCUACGGUCAAGUAAAGGAUUGAUUCCUACGUUCUAGCUAUUCAAGGCUAAGUUAAUAUACAUGUGUAAAAUUGUAUUAAUAUUAUUAUUGUUUGUGUGAAAUUUGAAAAAGAUGUUAAUUCAUAUGCAUUAUGUCUCAGGAUGUAGGCAUAUGCUCUUUUCAGAAAGGUUGUACACAUUUGUACAUUUGUAUGAAACAGUUAUUGGUCUGUACAUAUAAGAAAGAGAUUUUUAUGCAUAAGAUGGAAUAUAUUCUAAACAUCUUAUUUACUGCAGAAUGGACAUUGUGGACCAGUGUUCUAUUGUGAUGCUUAUAAGUGUAUUUGGUUGUCAUACAAAUGCAUUUAUAUUAAAGUGCACUUAAUGCUG